AUGGUUUCUCCCAAGAACUUGCGCUCUGUACAGCGCAUAAUUUCCCUCCCUAUUACUCGCCCGCGAAACGCUUCAGCAGUUCUACCUAGCCUUAGUCAUAAAAACGCGUUUACUUUCUAUCAAUUUCAAGUAAAUCUCCCUCAAAUUAAGCGGGAAGAGCCAAGUCAACCAAGAUGGAAGCCGAAGGGAGGAUGGAUUCACUGGGCUCACGAAAAGGCUUCGAAUACCUGGGCAGGUUUCGGUAAAGCCCCAGAGGGUAAUUGGAAGUUGAAAGUUUUUCGAAUUGGAGAACGCCUAGUGGACCGAUUAGACUAUGAAGAACUGGCAUUGAAAGGCGUAGAUCCUUCAAUGGGUCCCACCAUCCUUCAUUUAGACAUUAGAGGGAAGGGAGUCGAGGAAACAGAUGAAAACAAGAAAGUCAUACUACCACUGUUGUACCCACCUUCGAUACAAAGCGCCGAGUCAUCGUUAUCCCAGCUACGGGAGCUCAUCCAUACGAGGGAGCCUAGACAUAAGAAAGGGUUCUGGACUUGGAUGAUCAUAGCUCCAUUUACUGCUCCGUUUAUGAUCAUACCGAUCAUACCCAACCUACCGUUCUUCUUUUGUGUGUGGCGUUCAUGGUCACAUUAUAGAGCAUACAGAGCUUCUCAAUAUCUCGCGGCUCUUAUCAAACAUGGACAUGUAGUUUCUGCUCCCAGUUUAGAACUUGACGCGCUUUACAAGAAAUAUACCCCGAAGUCCUUGACUUCAACAUCCACUCGACCAGCACCCUUAUCUCAUCAGCCGUCGUCCCCACAUGCUUCAUCACACUCGGAAACAGAGAACAUUGAGCUACUGCUCACUAGAGACGCUGUCCCCGACAUCGUAUCAACAUUCUCCCUGGAGGAAAGUUCUGCAUCCGAUAUGUACCGUGCAAUUGAGCAGGCACGAAUUCGAACCAAAACUUCAACAACAUAA